CGCGAAAAAGACAAAGCAGCCCACAACUCCAAACCAAACCCGGAAUAAGGUUUUUAGCACAGUAAUCAUUUCCAGGCCUUCCGGCCGGGGACUUUCCCCGCUGCUUUCUCUCCUCCCCGUGAAUUGUAAAAAGGGCGUUUCCAACAUUCAGCGGAGUUGCAGAAAAUCUAGCCAUGUCGGAGAAAGGAGCAAAAGGGUUCUCUGUAGCUUCCUUGAAAGGGAAGGAUGAUAGCUCAACAAAGUCCAAGAAGGGGAGAAAAGUCCAGUUCGAUUCUGAAGCUGAUUGGGGCAAAGGGGGAAAAGGAGACAAGAAAGAAAGAACCACAGCCACUGGAGCUCAAAAUUGAGCAGGAACUGCCACAGAGUGCCAAAUGUCUGAUGGAUUGUGAGGCUGCGGAUAUAUUACAAGGAAUCCAGGAGCAAAUUAUCCUGUUGUCUAAAGAUCCUACUAUUAAAAUCCCUGUAUCAUUCGACAAGGGACUGCAGUACGCCAAAAGAACCAGCCACUAUACCAAUCCCCAAUCUGUCAGAAAAGUUCUUGAGACUCUCACAAAAUAUGGUGUCUCAGAUGGCGAGAUAAGUGUGAUUGCCAAUGUUUGUCCCGAAACCACUGAUGAAGUUUUUGCUCUAGUACCAUCCUUGAAGGUAGAGUAAUGUUCAUAAGAAGAUUGUAAUUUGUGGCUAGUAUUUUCUUUGACCGUAUUGAAUGAUCCAGAUAGAAAAUUUUAUUUUAAAUAUAUAUAUAUGAUUUUUUGUUUUCUUGUAUGAACUAAAAUGUGAAAAAUAGAACUCCCUAACAACUGCCAUGAAAAGUGAAUAACUAAAAAACAUCUUGAAAGGUCUGCAAUCCCCCUAAUUAAUCUUGUUGGCUACUUUGUGAGUCUGUGACAAUCUCCCAUUCUAAUUGGCUUCUUAAGAUCUUGGUCUCUUCAAGUAACUGAUCAUACUCAAGAAUAUCAUCUUCUAAAUCUUCCUUUAGAUCAAUAAUAUUAGCUUCUGUCUCUGUCUCAGCUUCAUAUUCUAGUUGUUUAAGCUUGUUUUCAUAUGACUGCAACUGGCUCUUCAAGCUUUGGUUUUCCUCAACUACAACACCUUGCUCAAUGAGUAACUCUCCAAAUAGUUUCCUUACAACAUCAGUAUUGGCUUCUGCAACACAAACCUCUCUCUCUUGGUUCUCAAGUUCAAAUUCUAGUUGGUCCAGCCUUAUUCUCAAUGACUGCAAUUGCUUCUCUUUUUCUGCAAGUAUACCACAGUGGUUGACGGAAGCCUCUUCAUAUCUUUUCUGUAAAGCACUAACAUUAUUAUUUUCAGC